AUGGAUUCUUUCAGUAAUGCUCGUCGUGAUUCGUCUUCUCCUUUCGACUGCAUCAUCUUUGAUUUAGAUGAAACUCUAUACUCCUCCAAGAUAGGGAUUGGCGAAGCAACCAAAAGAAACAUUGAUGAUUUUCUUGUCCAGAAAUGUGGAUUUCCAGAGACAAAAGCUUCAACGCUGCGUAUCGAGCUCUUUAAAACUUACGGAAGCUCUCUCGCUGGUUUACGAGCAUUGGGAUAUGAUAUUGACGCUGACGAUUACCACGGUUUCGUGCACGGAAGGUUGCCGUACGAUUUGAUCAACCCAGACGCCAAACUACAAAACCUUUUGCGCAGUAUCAAUCAACGAAAAAUCAUUUUUACGAAUUCAGAUAGAAUUCAUGCGACGAAGGUGUUGGAUCGUCUUGGAAUCAGAGAUUGUUUUGAAGAGAUCAUAUGCUUUGAAACUAUGAACUCUAACCUCUCCAAAUCGACUCGUCCCGAUGAAUUUCCCGUUGUUCUCAAACCUUCAGUUGACGCCAUGAAGACAGCUCUUGACGUCGCUGUAGUCGAUCCUCGUCGUACGUUAUUUCUUGAUGACAGUGUCCGGAACGUUGCCGCUGGCAAAGCCGUGGGGCUUCGAACUGUUUUGGUUGGAAAAACUGUGAAGAGCAAGGAGGCCGAUUAUGCGUUGGAAACAGUCCAUAAUUUGGUUCAAGUAAUUCCAGAAAUAUGGUUUGGCGGAGAAGAUGAGAAGACACUCAGCCGGACCAGAAGCGAAAUCGACUCUCUUGUCACAAUCACCACGGUUGGGGCUUAA